AUGAAAGCCCACUCACCGCAGGAAGAGGAGCAGAAGGGCUCGGGCUACCUGGUGAUUGUUAGCUUUCGCUUUUGCUCAGUUCAAUACGACAUCAUGGCUUCGACGGCCACCCUCGCGAGCGCAGCGAUGGCCGCUAGAGCUGGAAGCGAAUCAGGGCCAGGCGCGGCAAAGCCGGAGAAUGGGUCCAAGCCAACAACCCCUGGUGGAUAUGGCUUCGGGUAG